AUGAGCUUGGUGAAGGGAGUCAAAUGGGAGAAAGAGGUUAUGGAGGCAGAGCUAGUUGUUGAGGAAGCUAUAGGUAAACAUGAUGAUAUGCUUAAUGUAUUGGACUAUAAUGUAAGUGAUAACUUUGAGUCUCUUAUGGAAUGGGAUUUACCACCCAUCAUUGAUAAGUAUACUAAUGGAUGGAUGUCUAUGAACCAACGGGCUAAAUUAAAGGGAAUCAAGAGCAAAAUGACAGAGCUAAAAUUGGCCGAGAGCAACACUAUUGCAUAUAUGGUGACCAAAGGUGUUAGAGCUAACUUGAAUUCUUUGGAUUCGAAUGGGCACGAAGAAAGUUUCCAAGGGAGGGCUAUCAAGUUCAAGGAAGAAGAGGGUACUUUCAAGGUAUCCAAGAGAAUAAGGGAAGAUAGUUAUAAGGUUAGACUUUAUUCCACACAUUUAAUUUCAACAACCUUCCAAAUGGAUAAGCUUCUACCUUACAUUGAUCUUGAAGAUUACCCAAUGAAGUUGAGGAUGACUUAUCUUCAAAUUAGUGAGACCGAUAUAAAAGUGCUUGCCAAGAGUUAG